AUGGCUCUGCCAAAGCGCAUCAUAAAGGAGACGGAGCGGCUCAUGGCCGAGCCUGUUCCCGGAAUCAGCGCCAUCCCCCACGAGGAGAACCUGCGCUACUUCGACGUCGAGAUCCAUGGCCCCGCCCAGUCGCCAUACGAGGGCGGUGUCUUCAAGCUCGAGCUAUUCCUCCCCGACGACUACCCCAUGACUCCUCCCAAGAUCCGUUUCCUCACCAAGAUCUUCCAUCCCAACGUCGACAAGCUGGGCCGCAUCUGCCUCGAUGUCCUGAAGAACAACUGGUCACCCGCUCUCCAGAUCCGAACCAUCCUCCUCUCCAUCCAGGCCCUCCUCGGUGCCCCGAACCCCGACGACCCUCUCGCUGCCGACGUUGCCAAGAGCUGGAAGGAGGACGAACAAGCUGCGAUUGCGACUGCCAGGGAAUGGACCGCCAAGUAUGCUAAGCAAUAA